AUGACCAGAGAGUUCACGAUUAAAGUGCCGGCGUCGUCCGCCAACAUCGGCCCCGGGUUCGACGUCCUGGGCAUCGGCCUCAACCUCUACCUGACGCUGUCUGUGUCGGUGAACGAAGCGUCCACUGCGUCGACGAAGGACCCCUACAACGCAGAGCUGUCGUACUCGGGCGACGGUAGCGGGUCUGUGCCGCUGCAGUCGGACCUCAACCUCAUCACGAAAACAGCCCUCUACGUGCUCCACGCCAACCACGUGCGUGCGUUCCCUCCGGGCACGAGGAUCCACGUCAACAACCCGAUUCCGCUCGGACGGGGGUUGGGCUCGUCGGGCUCCGCCAUCGUCGCCGGCGUGCUGCUUGCCAACGAGAUCGGCUCCUUCGGCUUCGACAAGAACCGCUGUCUCGACUACUGUCUCAUGAUCGAGCGGCACCCGGACAACAUCACCGCCACCAUGAUGGGCGGCUUUGUCGGCUCCUUCUUGAGAAACCUCUCGCCGGAGGAGGAGACCGUCGUGCACGGCGACCUUGGACGCAUCCUGCCCUCGCCAAACACCAGCGCCGACUACGUGCCUCCCAACGCCCCGCUCGACCUCGGAACGCACGUCAAGUACCCGUGGAACCCGGUCAUCAAGUGCAUCGCCGUCAUCCCGCAGUUCGAGGUGAAGACCGAGGACAGCCGCUCGGUGCUCCCCUCCUCGUACUCCAAGAAAGACGUCAUCUUCAACUUGCAGCGUUUGGCGGUGCUCACGUCCGCCGUCGGAGACCUCAAGCCUGCGCCAGAGGUGAUCUACAACUCAAUGCAGGACUCGCUCCACCAGCCCUACAGAAAGGUGCUCAUCCCAGGCUUGACGGAGAUUCUUUCGAGCUUCACCCCGCAGACCCACGACGGCCUCCUCGGCAUCUGCUUGAGCGGCGCCGGCCCAACCAUCCUCUGCUUGGCAACGAAGAACUUCGACGCGAUAGCCACCGACAUAAUAGCUCAGUUCAAGUCCCACAACGUGGCCUGUGAGUGGAAGUUGUUGGAGGUCGCCAGCGAAGGCGCAGUCGUGGAGCAAGGUAGCAAGCUCUGA